AUUCAGGUAAAUAUUCGCGAAAUAACCGGUGGGCGGGUACAAACGGGGCGACAUAACAAACCGUGCGCCUGCGUCGAUCGCACUUCAUAAUUAUAUAUUUAACCAACUAUUAUUAACAAAACUAGUGAUGAUAAUAAUAAUUAAUAACUCAAAUAUUCUUUAAAGUGAAAUUAUAAAUUUAAACUUAAAAUGGAUAAGUACAAUUAUGAAGCAGCUCCAGUCAACAAUAGUGAUAGUGAAGUGUUAAGUAAUACAGUUAAAUGGAAACCAUUUUUGAAACAGUUGCUGAUUUGCAGCGGAGUAUGGACAUCAAUGUUUCUGUACGGGCUGUGCGUGGGUGCACCCACAAUGUUCAUCCCCCAGAUUAGGCGGGAAGCAAACAAUACUGACAUCAUCUCAGAUGACAUGGCUUCUUGGCUGACGUCCGUGUACGGCUUCAGCGGCUUCCCGUUUGUCUUCAUCCUCUCAUUACUCACCAAGUUCGUCGGCAGGAGGAUACCCUUUAUGAUUGCAGUCGUAGAUACACUGGCUGCCUUCACGGUCCUGUACUGCAGCACAAACAUCACACACAUACUGAUCAGUGAAAUUAUGCAAGGAUUGUUCAGUGCGUCACAAAUCGUCAUCACAAUUAUGAUUCUCACAGAGUACACUUCACCAAAAUACAGAGGCAUGUUUCUAACAAUCAAGACAGCCACUUUCUAUUGGGGUAUUUGGGCUUCAAAUGCAAUUGGCACAUUCUUCCAUUGGAGGAAAAUUCCUUUGUUUGGAAUUAUAUGUUCUCUGUACAUUAUAUUGACCGUUAUGAUCUGGCCGGAGUCUCCGUACUGGUUGGCCAGUAGAGGACGGUUCAAAGAAUGUGCAGCCUCACACAGAUCUCUAAAAGGUUGCGAUGAAGAAUCUGAGAAGGAAUUAGAAGUACUUAUCAAUUCCCAAAAAGAAUACAUAGCCAGUUGUGGAGUUGACGACAUGACUGCUAGAGAACGUAUCAUUGAUUUCUUUAAAACAUUAAAAUCUAAGGAAUUUUAUAAACCAACCUUGUUGUCUAUUAUAACAGGCUGUUUAGGAGUUUUUAGCGGGAAUCUCAUUUGA